AUUGUCAACCACAUUUUUAUUCAGUUUUAUUCUUUCAGCUAUUUAUUUCUGUCAUUUACUUAUUCCUGCCUGUUUAAAUUUCCUCUCAUCAUCGCUCGGUGGCGCGGUUGUCUUGUAUGUGUGCUGCUUUGGAUUCCAAACUAAAGUUUCAACAAACGGUCAGUUAACGACUGCUUUGGGCUUUUAUUGUGAAGGUCUCAUCAGGAAGCGGUCGCUCUCCUCCGUUUUUCUUUAAAGAUGGCGGCGGUUCUUAACGCCGCGGCUAGCUCGGUGUUUUUUGUGAGGUUUUGCCGGCUUUAAACCCGGACGGAAAGCUCCGGUGCUUAAGUCAUGAGGAUCGGGUCACCGUGCAGUGUUACCGGAUGCCUCGUGUAAACCGGACGGCCGUGUUAUUGCUGCUCAUUGUCAGCAGCUCCGUGUUCCUGCUCUUCCAGCUAUAUUACUACCGGAAGUACGUCAGCAAGUCUGGUCUUCACAUCCUGAGCCGAACGGGUCACCUGACCGCCAGUGACGUCCAAUGGGAUGCUUUGCAGCAGCGCGAUCGGCAAAUGCGUGAGCCACACUGCAGCUUCCUAUGCACUGGCCGCCCAAUCACGUCAUUUGCGCUGCACGCCAACCUGUGGAAGUAUGAUCCUGGCUUCCUAUUGGCUGCUGAGCAGAAAGGCUUCGAGCUGCUGGAGCUGCGAGGAGAAGACCCACGAUUGGCCAGUCUGGACACACUCUCAGGGGAGCAGAUCCCGCUGCACUUGCUGUUCCAUCUCCACGGUUACAUCAUCCAGGUGGUGUUCCUGUACGAGCGCAGCGGGAACUACCUGUGGCACGGAGUGCUGCGUCUCAGAGCAAACAUGGACCAAAGUUUCGCUCCAUUUAAACUGCUCGACUACGGACGCCACGCCGGAGCUUAUGACAGGCCGGAGCUGGUCCUGACUGUCCUCGACGGCAUCGACAUUCUAGUUCCAAGAAACGUUUCCCGCUUCCUGACUGAGCAGCGACAUGCUCGCUUCCUGGAGUGCCGUUACCGUGACGCCCGCAACUUCCUGCAGCUCUACCCUGACGACUCGUCUCCGGCCGCCAUCGAUUUUCGCAGGAAAGCGAAGUCGUUGCUUCAUUUAGCUGCUCAAACGCUCGCUCACCUUGACAUCCCCUUCUGGCUCAGCAGCGGCACCUGUCUGGGUUGGUUCAGGCAGUGCAGUAUUAUCUCGUACAGCCGUGACGUCGACAUCGGAAUUUACAUUGUAGACUUCAGGUCGGACAUCAUCACAGCGUUCAGAGAUGCUGGCCUGUCGCUUAAACACAAGUUUGGAAAGGUGGAGGACAGUCUGGAGCUGUCGUUUUUGAGUGACGAUGUCAAACUGGACAUUUUCUUUUUCUACGAAGACGGAGACGUCGUCUGGAACGGAGGAACUCAGGCUAAAAGCGGCAAGAAGUUCAAGUACGUCUUCCCUCGUUUCUCGCUCUGCUGGGCGGAGCUUCUCGAGCUCAAAGUUCGCGUUCCAUGCGAAACGCUCGACUAUGUGACGGCAAAUUACGGAACCUCCUGGAGCGUCCCGGUGAGGACCUGGGACUGGAAGUCAUCGCCGAGCAACGUGCAGGAAAACGGGGCGUGGCCUGUGGCGGAGUGGGCGGCGCUUAUCCAAGUUUACUGAGAGGAAACAGAAAAUAAAGUCGACAGUGAAACUACAAAUAAACACAAAGUGAAACAAAUUAAACAGAUUUUUUUCCCAUGUUAGAAUUUGGAAAGUUCAGAUGACCUUAUUUACUAAUAAUAAUAAUAAUAAUAAUAAUGAUGAUAAUAAUGAUGUUUUCUGCAGUGUUCCAUUUAACUUUAAUAAUUUCCUUACAUAUAAUUUUAUUGUUACAGAUUUCAAACUGUACGACUUCAUUAAAGUUGUAUUAGAUUUAAAA